AGAACAGCAACAGCAAAAGUCGAGUCUGUGAUAGAAGACGACAGGCGAGAAAUUCCUGCCCGUAGGAGUAAGCUGUUUUCCGGUGCUAUUGUUUGCGGGAAACUAUUGAAACAAUCCGGCCUCGGUAGUUCAGGUUCGAGUGCAUUGAAAGUGACUGAAGAACUAUAGUGCUUUUUUACAGUUCGUGAGAAAAUAUGUCGACCAGUGCCGGUUCAAGUAGCACUGCUGGAACAGCAACCGGAGCCGGUGGCGGUGCUGCCGGUAGCGGUGGUGGUGGUGGAAGCGCUGGCUCGGGUGGUGGACGCCGUAACGGUAAUGGAAAUGGAAGUGGAAAUACCACUCCAGAAACCCCAUCAGUGCCCAAACCUGACACGAAGGAAACUAAGUCUAACCCCAAGAUCUCCAAGGCACUAGGAACAUCAGCUAAGCGUAUCCAGAAGGAGCUCGCUGAAAUCACGCUGGACCCACCGCCGAACUGCAGCGCUGGCCCAAAAGGGGAUAAUCUAUAUGAAUGGGUUUCUACUAUUCUCGGACCGCCUGGAUCCGUGUACGAGGGAGGAGUAUUUUUCCUUGAUAUACAUUUUUCUCCGGAAUAUCCGUUCAAACCUCCCAAGGUCACAUUUAGAACAAGGAUAUAUCACUGCAAUAUCAACAGCCAAGGCGUGAUCUGUCUAGAUAUCCUCAAGGACAACUGGUCGCCGGCACUGACAAUUUCAAAAGUGCUACUCUCCAUUUGUUCCCUUUUAACAGACUGCAAUCCAGCUGAUCCAUUGGUUGGAAGUAUUGCCACACAAUAUCUGCAAAAUCGCGAGGAGCAUGACCGGAUUGCUCGCCUGUGGACUAAGCGAUAUGCUACGUGAUUUCCUAAUUCUGAGGUUCUGUAUAUUUUUAUGUGAAAAUCAGUAAUAUUUAUAAAUUUAACCGUAACGAAGGAAACAUACUACAACUAAAAAUAACUUACAACAGAAAAAAGAAACCGUUUAGUAACAGGAAGCAAAAUAUACCCUCCUGAAAAUCAGAAUUGCAACUAAGCAAACACCGAAAAAAUCAAUAUGCAAAAUUGACAAACCAGUAAUUGUCUUAUCGUAACAACUCCAUUUUCCUUUUUACUGAAAUUAAAAUUUUACAGCAUCUGUACAGUAUUGGCAAGUACGAUACUGUAGAAAAACGUUGCUAAAUUUUGCUAAAGUUUGUAACAAAAAAUAGAACAAAAUUACCCCGCAAAUUUUCUCCUACGAAAUCAAGGUGUUCAAUUUGACGAAAUAUUUAUAAAAUUCUCAAAAAGCAAGUCUCGCCAGUUUGUUUUUAUUUACCACCACAAAAAGCAUACAGAACUCAGCAGCAGGACGAAAGCGGAUAUACUGCUAGCAUCAAAUGAUUAAAUUAGGUUAAUUUUACUAAUUAAUAUGUGUAAGCAGCUGACUGAAAACUGCAGAUUACGAAGAAAGAACAUGAUAAGCACAUCAUCGUGUGGCGAUGAUCGUUUUCAUUGGUUACAAGAGAUUUUUGUUUGACAUCUUUUCAUUACUUUGCAAGUCUCUGUGCACAACAAACAUUUUGCUGAAGCAAUAAUUUCCUGGGAACGCGCCCAGCACCAGCAAUUGUAGAAACCAAUCGGUGGAGAAUGUGAUGUGUUGGUAAAUUUAAAGACUGACCGAUGAAUGCUACGAUCGCCGCAGAAUCACAUUGCAAUGAAUACAACCGUGCUCGCGUUUUCAGAAAAUAUAUUUAAACUAUUGUUCCUACGUAUUGUCAGACUAUUGCUUUACCUAUUUUCUAAGUAAAACUGUACACUUCGGCUCGCAGCUCUACAAUAGAUUGAGUGAUCCAUACGCUCAAUGAAAAAUUCGAAAUAAAUUUAAAAGUUGACUUUUCAAACCCGUUAAGAGACUUUAAGAACAAACGUGGAAAAGAAUGUGAAUAAUGUGAUAUGUAAAAAACGAAUUGAAAACCAACAGAUUAAAACUGAUGAAAUGUAGAUGAAGCAGCCUUCGUUUCGCAGCCGGACUCAGCCAUUGACAUAUACGUUUUAGUUAUACCGCCAAACGGAGUUGUCCUUGGAGGCCAGAUAAGGGCCGAUGACUCUCCAGGAUCUCGUUUUAUGUGAAAGCUUCAUAUCAAUGCUGGGAAUUUGCAUGCCAACUCCACUAGAAACUAGCGACGCAAACCGUCGGUCUGUCGCUGCAGAACGAACGCUAGCAGGAACGAGAACUUGCGUCAUAAAAAACCACUCUAAAUAGUUCUCGAGAUAGGCAACGUGAUGGAAAUUCUUCAACGUUCUCCUUCUUUUUUUCUAAAACAAAAGCCAUCAAAACGAAAUUCAGCCAAGCACAUAAACGUAAAUUUGAAAGGGAUGGAGACAACCGUAUUGAAACAAAAACAAUAUUUAAACUAUACAGAUAAUAAAAUGCA